AAUAACUUUACCAUUUUCUGCUUCCGUCCACGUCUUCGACGAUUUACCGCUCUUCUCAACGGGUCUUGGCGUUAUGCCCAGCGUCGGCCUACCUACAUAUUCACAAAAACGACAUCAUAUCCAAGCCUCGUGGACGAAAAAGGUUUUCAUUCCAAUACCAGGCAUUCCAGGUCGUCGUCUACGCAUAUAUGUCCCCGACUUUGCUCGUCUGCAACAAUUCGGCGCCUCGCGGCUGAGCCGCAGGCGGGGAUUUCUGCUCAUAUGUGUUGCGUGUGCGGCGAUGGUCGUGACCGUGAUGUCGUUGAAGAAGACAUUUGGGAGGACGGACCCUUGGGUGGAACCGUACCGGCCGCAGUCGGACCCGCCGACGUUGGUCUUCCAGAGAGAUGAUUUGAAGAGGAUAUGGAGCUGGGAGAUUGAUAGUGGUCAUUACCCUUCACGGCGGAGUAUACCCAAGCAAAUAGGAUUCAAGUCGUCCCCACAAAAUCCUGCUCUGCCUGCCCAGCAACGAACGAUACGUCCUUCACGAUAUAGGCCGCCACCAACGGUGGUCACGACAAGGGCGGACACCGAUACCAUUGGUGUUGGUCCGAAACGAAUAUACCUUGACAUACAGAGUUCGCUUCCAGAUGUCGCCUACCCGCCACGUCCUGUUCCAGGCAGCGUCGCAGAUCUAGAUAUACUUAUGAAGCACUGCGACUUUUCAACAGGAAAGUACGUACGUGAUUGUCUAGAAGUGUUACGUCUGGGAGCUGGUCUAGAUAACGGGGAACGGGUCAGGCGAGGAGAGAUGGAUGACUGGAAGUACAUAUACAUCGAACUCGACGGCAAUGACACUGAGAACCAGACGUACGAUGACGAGGACGGUAUUACCCCACACCCAAUAUUCCGACCACCCCCCGUCGCGUUAUCAAAAGAGGACCUCAACGCUGGCCUUCAAAAGAAACCGGAUGCUGAAUGGGAACCGCAGGUAACCCUCUCCGAACCGCUCACUCACCAAGCUUCCUCUGCUAAAUGCGACCCUGAAAAUCCCCGACUUUUCCAUAUGUUCUGGACUGGUCCCUUUACCGACAAACCCUACCUCGCGCUUCUCUCCUUCUUGUUUACACAGAAUACUGGCAUACAUCUACGCGACACACAGUCGGACGAGAACGUCUGUCGCCCUCAGUUCUGGCUGUGGAUUAACCCUGGCCCCGCUGCAUCCAUACCCAACCCCAACGCCGUGAGGGAUAUGUUCGAAGGACUAAAGCUCAACCCGUGGGCCUCACCUUUCCUUCAUCCCCGUUUCAAAGAUGUCAUUAAGUUCAAACUGUGGAAUACCACGGAGCAGCUGGAUGGAGUACCAGAGCUGAAAGAUGAUUGGCGUGUGCUCAAAGAUGCACUGUUCAACUCUGGAGGUUAUGUUAUUAAUGUCCCUGCGGAGGCGUCAUCAUCGAAUGGGACGUCCACAGCGGCCACGGAAGAAGAAGAUAUGGUCAAUCGCGCUGGGUCCAAGUCAUCAAGCUCGUAUGACCGAUUGUCUGUCAUCCUUUCGGAUAUGGCACGGUUUGUCCUGUGCCACCGGUUUGGUGGAAUCUAUCUUGACGCUGAUACCAUCUUUCUUCGCGAUUGGGAGGAGCUCUGGGGUUGGAAAGGAGCGUUUGCGUAUCGGUGGUCCAGACUGGAGAAGUACAACACGGCGGUGCUUAGAAUGACUAAGGGAUCUGCCCUGGGUACGUUCCUCUUUCGGACGGCGAUGAAGAACGGGCUGGACUUCCAUCCCAUGAGUAUAUCCAGGUAUACGGCGGAUGCGUACCUGGAAGGGUUAUUAUUGCGAUUGCCGGAUGCCCUCUUCGAUUCGGCAUGGCUAAAUACCGAAUACUAUCAACGAGAUCGACCUCCGCAGCCAUAUUUCACAGAAUUCGCGGAUUUCUUUGAUACCCCAAUACAAAACAGUGCUGCGCCACAAGCCUUAGGUUUUAAUGGCUUCUUUAAAGGCGCGUACUCAUAUCAUUUCCACAAUUUCUGGUGGAAGCCAUUUGAUCUAUCGCGAAAUUUUCCGGACCUUGGCCAGCGUUUCGCAGCCGGUGAACAGAUUGCCCGAAACGCUACUGACGAGGAGAGAAUACCGGACAGAGUAGUGGACGACAAGCGCGAUCUGGACUGGUCAGCUGUGCUCAAAAGGACGUUUGAGUCUUACAUACGAGGCGAACGACCGAAUAUGUAUGGCGAGUGGAUACAGUGGUAGCAUGCGCUAGGUUUUAUGUUAUGGGAUUCGUGGGUUUACUUUAGAUCACUGUAUUUGAAACGCUAUAUAACGAAACUAGUACACAUAACAUUUGACAGAGAG